AUGUCCUAUCACUUUGCCAUUGAGGUGGUUAAUCCCUCUGUGCGGACUGAAAAAGUCCUGCGACCUGGUCAUAAGUGCCAGCACACGGUCCUCCCAGGGGGUGGCAGGGAGCGGGCGGCCCGCCCAGCUUGGAGGGAGGAAAGCCGCGGGCCGGCAGGCGGACUGCCGCUGGAGAGGCUGUCGGUGGGGGCUGAUCUCUCCGAAGAGCAGCCUGCUGAUAAACACAGCACUCAAGGGCACUGCGUCAGGGGAGGCACACUGCAAAGACCAAGUGCAGCCUCCCCAGAGGGGAGGAGAUCAGUGCCUUGGAGGUUCAGGAGGGGCGAUGCUCGGAGCAGCCAGACCCGAUGGCGGUGUUUGUGUUUCUCACUUCAGCCUGGGAACCUGACCUUGACUCCUGAGUUCCAUGAUCUCUUCACAACUGCAAGGUUUCCAACGGUGCCAGUGUCAAAGUCUUCCAACAACUCCAGGUCUUCCAGAACCUCCAAGUCUUCCAACAACCUCAAUGUCUUCCAGACAAUCCUGGUCUUCCAGAAAAUCCACAUCUUCCAGACAAUCCAUGUCUUCCGGACAAUCCAUGUCUUCCAAGAACCUCCAAGUCUUCCAUUAAUCAACGUCUUCCAGAAAGAAAUCCAGGUCUUCCAGUCAGUGUCUUCCAGAAAGAAAUCCAGUUCUUCCAGAAAAAUCUACGUCUUCCACCAGAUCCAGGUCUUCCGAAGAAAUCUUGGUCUUCCAGACAAUCUGUGUCUUCCAACCAAAUAA